AUGGGGCGCUCAGGGCACCCAGCGGCGCAGUGGCAGGGUAGCCUGCGACCAGCUCGGCUGCGUUCGUACCUUCUGGUGCUUGGACUGCUCGCCCUGCGCCACCUGGGCCCUCCCCUCUUCACCCUCAGCGGUCGGCUAGGCGCACGAGGCACAGAUUGCCACGGCCGUCGUAUCCAGGCGCGCGCAGCUCCUGCCGAAGUGGAGCCGACGAGUUCCGAGUCGGAGUCGUUCGAGUCGGAGUCGUCCGACUCGGAAACCGAGGCACCCUGGGAUAGCCUGGCGAAGACCGCGGCGGACCUGUUUGAGGAUGGCUCCGAGUUCUUUGUGGACACCUUGAAGUUCGCUUUCCAAGGGGAAGACGAGCUCGUGGCCGAUGCCGCGCAGAACCAGUCGGACGCUUCUGGCGUCUUUGGCGGCGUGCAGGGGGAGUCCCUGGAAGCCUUACAGGAGGCGGUGAGUACCCAAGCGGAGUCCCUCAGCCAGUUCUUGGCACAGGCGUCUUCGCUGAAUAUCGCCCCGACGGAUUUCGCAAACAGCCUUAGCACCGUCCGGAGGUCGCUCGCUGAGCGCUCGGACGGCUUCGGGCUCUCACGUGGUGGAACGGUGAAAAGCCGUCAGCUCCCCUAG